AAUACUGUUAAGUCUCCAAGACCCCCCAGUCAUGCCGUAUUGUCACCCAAAAUGUGCCGUGAACUCGUUUAAAAUUAUAUAAAGUCGCGUUCAACAUAUGCGCAUUAUUGCAACAUUCUGCUUUGCCUGUAUCGUGAGAUUGAGGGUUCAGGCAUCGUGCUUCGUCGUAAAGCCGUUCAACUUUCUAUUCAUCUCUUUUAGUCUGAAAACUAUGGACUUUCAUGACAAUAUCGUUCACCACCCUCUAGGUGCAGGUUCUUAUUAUUUCAAAGAGAGUCUCAUCAGAUACCUCAGUGGCCAAUGCCCACGGCAGGACAUCGCAAUUCACCUAGGUUCACAACCAAAUUGCAGUCCCCAUAUCGGAAAUGUUACCACCUUCGCCGUUGGAUUUGGUCUCGCUGCUGCCCUGAAAAAUGUCUGUUCUCGCACUGUCCGAGUGAAGUUCGUCUAUGUCGACAGUGCCCCCGCUCCAGGUCAAGAAUUCGUUGUCAGUGGUGUCAAAUACCAAAAAAGCCUCUCACACACGGGGGAUUUCCGCAUCCAUCAAAAGGCGUUUGGAAACGUGCUCGAUCAGUUAUCCCGUCUUUCAGGUGUUCCCUACGACAAACAUACCCAGGAUCUUUGGCGAGAACAUCCCAAAUUCCCUAGAGUACUUCGGGAUCUCAUAUCCCAGCAUCAAACCCUGGGGCCCCAUUUGUCACCGGACACAGGCAAGCUAGCGAUAAGGACGCCGUGUCCCCAUCAAGGUUGUGGUAUCGCAGACAAGCAUGGCCUGAACAACAAAUACCACAUUGAUGGACGCAUUACAUUCCUGUGUCCAGACCACGGAGAGCACUACGUCGAUUUGGAUUCGCCUACUGGCCUGGCACGCCUGGAGUUCAACACGCCACUUCGGAAUCUUAUACGAACAAUGAUAACCGGCAGUGACAUGAGCAGGUCAUGGAUUAUGUGCACUGGAUCCGACUACGCUGGCUUUUAUCAAGAGCAAUUCACAUGGCGCCUUCUUCCAUGCCCUCAGCAAGCACCGGUUAUCUUUUAUGCUCCUCAAAUCCUCGAUUGGUCCGGAGCCAAGCUAUCGAAGAGCUUGUAUGUUAAGCAAGAUGCUUACAGAUACUUACGUGCAGCUGAACGACAGUACUUACUUAACGUGGACCUGUUACUGAAGCGCGAACACGGACUGGAAGCUCUUUAUUUGGAAGUACAGGAAUGGAUAGAGAAACCCUUCAUGCUUUUUCGGAGCUACACAAUUGCGUAUCUUGAUAAGCAGCUAGUUUCACGAGGGAUGGACCCCUAUAACUGAUCCAGUCUUAGCUUCCAAUAACAAGACAUUAAUCCCUUUCUGGGCUUCUCAAAAAGAAAUCAAUUACAUGACCCGUUCGUUGGGGUGUUCUCUUCCAUCCGCUCCAGUGCACUAUCCUCCAAUGUUUUCGAAAGUAACUGAUGUUGUUUGUCCAGUGGACGGCUCCUCACAAAAUUGAUAGGUACCCAGCAAUACUUCUGUGGAGCCCCUUUCAAGAUCUUUAUUGCGAUAGCCUGCUCCAAGCUAAUGGGAUCUUUCAACAUCCACAGCUUUAAAAUCUCGUACCCGUAUUUUGAUUUCUUCCUCCCUGCUCUGAAAUCUGCAUUGCCGAUUCCUCCAUCAUUGGGUACCUCCUCUGGGGUUUUCCCUUUGGAUAUGAGUGCGACAUAUUCGAGCCGUUUCACGGGCGUGGUGGUGUAGAACCAGAUGCGGCUGACCUUCGACGGCAGAAGAUAGCUUCGGUAUUCAUGAUUUUUGGCACCUGAGGCUAUGUUGCUCAUAUGCUCAGGUUUGAUGCUCAUGAAUAUAUCUGAGGAUGAUUUUUGAGGUGAGGCCAUUUUUCAAAAUUUCUGGGUAAUCAGCGGUUGGAUCGGAUAUGUCUCGUUUGGUUUGAAAAGAGGAGCGAAGAACGCCGAAAAUAUCCUCGUUUUUCUUAGCG